AUGGGCCUUGUGAGAGGUGGCCCAGCUGAUUGGUCGAUGCAGGAAUUUGUUGAAACUUUAGAAAUUCCCGAAGGUUUUGAUAUAGUCCUCAAGGACAGACGCCUUAAUCGCAAGAUUAACUCCAAUGGUCAGAUUACAUGGACUCCAACGCAAACUGUUGUUUUGACCUUUCAUAGACAAACCCUUAUGGAGAGAGUACUAUCUUGUCAUAAUUCCCUCUCCGUUGAAACUUACCAACUCCCAACAAUCCAGAUAGCAUAUCCUAUCAGGAAGCAUCAGCUCGCUUUAGACCUGGCAGUGGCAAAUCUUUUGCAGAUUCUGCAAAAACAACCACCUCCUCUUCAUUCAGUUUAUCUCAACCCAUUACCAGUCUUUUGUAUCGAAUCUGGUAUUUCAGUGGAAUUGUAA